GAUCCAGCAGUUUGUGCCGUGCCUGGAUGGUUUGUAAGGACCCAGCUGAGCUCCCCCCUGUCCCCCCUGUGCCCCCAGGCCCUGAAGCAGCAGCAGCAGAAGCAGCAGCAGCAGCAAUGCCGGGCGGGAAUGCCCGUGUCCUCUAACCAGCACGUCCUGCUCAAGGCCGUCAAGGCAGGCGGGGAUCCCACUCCAGGUUGGGAAGGGAAGCAGGCAGAGGGCCAGUCCAGCAGCCCCCAGAACUCCACCUCCAGCUCCUCUCCCUCUGUGAAGCUCGAGAACUCCCUGCCAGGGCUGGGCAAGAAGCCAUUCCAGAGAUCCGACAGGCUCCAUGCAAGGCAGCUCAAGAGGGCCAAGUGCGCCGAGAUCGACGUGGAGACGCCCGACUCGAUCCUGGUGAACACGAACCUGCGGGCGCUGAUCAACAAACACACCUUCUCUGUGCUGCCCCCCGAGUGCCAGCAGCGCCUGCUGCUCCUGCUGCCCGAGGUCGACAGGCAGGUGGGGGCUGACGGGCUGAUGAAGCUCAGCGGCUCCGCGCUCAACAACGAGUUCUUCACCUCGGCCGCCCAGGGCUGGAAGGAGAGACUGUCAGAAGGCGAGUUCACCCCGGAGAUGCAGCUCCGGAUCCGGCAGGAAAUCGAAAAGGAAAAGAAGGUGGAGCUGUGGAAGGAGCACUUCUUCGAGAGCUACUACGGGCAGAGUUCUGGGCUGAGCCCCGAGGAGUCGGAGCGGCUGACGGCGCAUCCCGAGGCAGAGCCCGCCCAGCCCCGCGGCGCCCACGGCACCUCUGCCCCCGAGGCCAAAGCACAGCCAGCCCAGGAAGCACCAGCAGCGAGAAAAGGAGGAGAGGAAGGAAGAGAGGACGCACCAAAGCCAGCCAAGCCCCCUGAGGCCUUGGUGAAGCCCAGCGACCGUUCUCCCCCUGUCAGAGAGAGAGUCCACGGGGAAUCCGUUCAGGAGAGACCCCAAACUGCCACCAGGCAGAAGCCAGAGGAAGAGAGGAAGCACAGUGCAGCGAGGGAGGUGCCAGGGAACGAGGCCGUGGGUGCCCCCAGCAAACCAAAGAGCCCCGGGGCAGGGGAGGCAGCAGCGAAGGGGCAGAGCCCGGCGGGGGCUCCGGCCCUGCCCGAGAAGAAGCCCCCCGUGAGUGAGGACAUGGAGGUCAGCGUGGAGGCCCACAAGAGGAAGUCAGAGAGCCAGGAGGAAGCUCCAGCCACCCCUGAGAAGAAGCCCCGGGUGGUGGAGCCCUGCCGGCACCACCAGGCAUUUCGGAGCCAGCCCCAGCCCUUUCCUGCCGCCGGGACCCCCGUGCCACGAGUGCCCCCCCUCAAGAUUCCCGUCUCCAGAAUCUCCCCGAUGCCAUUUCCUGCGGGCCAGGUCUCUCCCAGGGCACGUUUCCCCCUCUCCCUCGCCAGUCCGGGCAGGACAGGGGCCAGGACCUUGGCCGACAUCAAGGCGAGAGCCCAGCAGGCCAAGGCUCAGAGGGUGGAGAGCCCGGCGGCGGAGCAGGGAGCUCCUGGCAAUCCUUCUGGAGCACAACUACAGCCAAGGGCCCCCGCCCAGCCCGGAGCACCCGGCACCGGCGCCUCAACCACGGCCCCGGCACUAGGGAAUGGGAACGGGAAUGGGAAUGGGAAUGGGAGUGGGAAUGGGGGGGCCGAGCCGAGCCCCCCGCAGGUGACGGUGGCCCCAGGGACGGGAUCCCCGUGCACCGGGAGCGGGGACAGAGCGGGGACAGCCCCCUGUGCCCGCGGGGCUCCGGCGCUCGGGGACGGGCCCGGCUGCGGCACCGGCACGGCCGGACCCGCGGGAGCACCCACGGCCUCGGGAGGGACCGGCUCUGACGAGUCCAAAAGCAAAUCCCCUUCCCCCCUGGUGUCCUCACUUCCAUCCGCAGGCCCCGAGGCCCAGGCUGGAGCUGUGGGCGCUCCUGCCCCCGUCCCGCCCUGCAGCGCUCCCUCAGCAGCACCCGGCCUUAAAACCCCCCCGGGCGGGGCCCUGCCCAAAGCCAGCUCCAGCAUUCCUGCCAACAACCCUUUGGUCACCCAGCUGCUCCAAGGCAAGAGCGUCCCCCUGGAGCAGAUCCUGCCGAAGCCGCUCACCAAAGCAGAGAUGAAAGCGGUGCCCUUGGCUCCUCGGGAAGAGAAAGGGGCAGCGGCUCCUCCCGCCGCUCCCGGUGCGGUGGGGAACGGCACCGGGGCCGAGGCGGGCGACAGACCGUCGGGUUUGCCCUCGCAGCAGCUCGGGAAGAUCUUCUGCCAGAACAGGCCUCUGCCUCACAUUCCAAGGACCUUCCCGCUCCCCUCGGGAAAGGAGCCCGGCCAUGAGCAGCAGCAGUGCCACGAGGCGCUGAGCAAGGCGACCCAGGAGCAGAUCCUCCAGACCCUCAUCAAGAGGGUGCAGAGGCAGAAUUUGUUGCCCGUCCUUCAGCCCUCGCAGCUGAACCUCCCACACUCAGGUUUCCCAGUGGAGAACAGUUCCACCAGCCAGAGAUUCAUGCUGGGCUUCACGGGCAGGAGGACGUCCAAGCCUGCCAUGUCUGGUCAUUACCUGCUCAACAUCUCCACCUACGGCCGUGGCUCGGAGAGUUUGAGGAGAGGCUUCUCCUUGAACCCCGAACUCCGCCUGGGGCUGAGCAGUCCCGCGGAGGGUCCCAGGGCAGAGUUUGGGGAGUGCGAGGAGGGGGCCGGCCCGGGCAGCAGCAGCGAGGAGGACGCGGACGACGAGAGCACCGGCGACGAACGGGAGCACUUGGGCGUCAAGGAGGAGCCGCAGGCGUCCGGUCAGUGUGAGAGAGAGCGGGGAUCUCACAGCACCAGCCCCGUGGAUCCCGGCUCCCUGGGGGCGAGGGCUGGGAAGGCUGAGGCGGCCCCGGCAGCGCCGGCAGCCGGCACCAAGGAGAGCACUGCGGCGCUGGACGGCACCGCGCUGGCCCGGGACCUGCUGCAGGCCGCGCAGGAGCAGAUGGCACACGCCAUGAGGGGGAGGAUGCACGGCAGCCCGGAGCUCUUCGGGCCUCCCGCCCCGUCCCCGGACUCGGCGCAGCCCCCGCUGCUCCCCGCCCCGCACCCCCCGAAGGGCUCUGGGAGCGCCGGGGCGCAGCUCCUGGGGCCCAGCUACAGCGGCACAAUAAACGUCUCCACCUCGCCCGACGUGAGCCAGGGCUCGCUCAUCACGGGGCUGUCUGAGUGCAACCAGCUGGCCAGUUCCAUGGGGAACGUCAUGUCCUUCUCCGUGACUGUCACCACCAUCCCCGCCGGCCAGGCCGUGAGCUCUGGCGGGCACGGGCAGCCCCUCCCGGUGCAGGCCUUCGCCGAGGACGGCGGCGUGGAGGACCCCCCUUCCAAAUGUUACUGCAGGUUGAAAGCCAUGAUCAUGUGUAAGGGCUGCGGGGCCUUCUGCCACGAUGACUGCAUCGGCCCCUCCAAGCUCUGCGUCUCCUGCCUCGUCGUGCGGUAA